AUGGCGACCGACACUCCAGACCCAAGCUUGAGCAAUGCGCAUAUGCUCUACAUUCCCAUCGCCAUCUUUGGUGUGCUGUGUCCGUUAUUGGUGGGCAUACGUAUCUGGUCCCGGCGAAGGAAGGGAGGACAUCUCGGCGCUGAUGACUACACCAUCAUUGGUUCUCUGAUCUUUUCCCUGGCGUCAAGUGGACUUGAGAUUGCAUCAUGCCAUUAUGGAUUCGGACGGCACUCUAAGACCCUCUCGAACGAGAACAAGAUCGAAGCCCUUAAGUUCUUUUUCGUUUGCCAAGUGUCGUACAAGGCAUGCAUCAACUUGACAAAGUGCUCGAUUGUUCUCUUGUACCUUCGAAUCUUUGGCAAGGUCCGCUGGUUCAAGUGGCUCUGUUGGGGUUUGGUGGGAGUCGUUGCCAUGUAUGCCGUCUCUUCGGUCAUUGCCACCAUUUUCCAGUGCACACCAGUUCGUCGGGCAUACAACAAAAGCGUUCCGGGAACCUGCAUCGACAACGGCAAGUUCUGGUAUGCCAACGCGGGCUUCUCCAUCGCGACCGAUUUGAUCAUCCUGUUCAUGCCCAUGGCAUCCGUGUACCAGCUGCAAAUCCAACAGAUUCAGAAAAUCGCCCUGGUAAUUGUCUUCGCGCUGGGUGGCUUCGUCGUCAUCACCUCCUGCCUUCGAGUCACCACCAUCGACAUCGCUGCAACAACGACCGAUGUCACCUUUGACGUUUCUUCCACCAUGUGGACUGUCAUCGAGAUGAAUGUCGCUAUCGUCUGUGCUUGCCUUCCGAUGAUUCGACCAAUAAUUGUCAAGGUGUUCCCCAAGCUCAUGCCCAGGAGCAGCAGCAACAACCAAAAGUACGGAACUCCAAGCUACGGAACCAAGUCAUAUGCGCACAGUCAAGCGCGAGACAAGAACGAGUGGAUCCAGAUCGACGCUGGCCGAAACGGUAUCCCCAUGACUUCGAUUCGAAAGGCCGGCUCGACAGGAAGCGAGGAGAGCAUACUCGGACCUCAGGUCGAGGCCGGCACCAACCUUGGACCACCAGGAGCACCAUGGCCGAUAGAGGAGAAUGGUCAGAUGUCCAUCCAGAAGACGGUACAAUAUAGCGUAGAAUAUUCGAAAGGACAGCAGCAACAGCAGAAGGGUGAGAAGUAG